CGAUCGCAGAGCCGAGCCCAGAGCGCUGCAGGCACUGCCAGCCGGUGGAAGCGGCCAGUACGGGAGCCACGCGCCGGACAGGGAGCGACAUGAAGCGGCUGCUCGUGGCUGUCAGCUUCCUUCUGACUGCAGGGUGUUCCAUGGCGGCGCCCGGAGCCGGGCUGGAAGUGCUGCGGGGCCCGGGCUUCCACGAGGCAAGGGGUGGUCGGUCCAUCGCGCGGCUGCUCCGGAGCGGGCUGGAGGAGGAGCGCGACCCGGACGGCGGCGGGGUCUCGUCGGGGGAUUAUUUCCUGGAGCUCCCGAGAGUUGCCUUCUUGUCCAAGCCAGAAGGUCUGGUUACUCCAAAAAAAGAAGGGAAUGGGAAGAAAAGGAGAAAGGGCAAAGGCAAGGGGAAGAAGAGAGACCCAUGUCUGCGAAAGUACAAGGACUUCUGUAUUCAUGGAGAAUGCAAAUACAUCAGUGAACUGAAAGCUCCAUCCUGCAUAUGCCAGCCAGGGUACCAUGGCGAGCGGUGCCACGGCCUCACUCUCCCCGUGGAAAACCCCUUCACCAGUUAUGACCACACCACAGCGUUGGCCGUCGUAGCGGUGGUGCUGUCCUCUCUGUGUCUCAUCAUCAUCGCUGCAUUGCUGAUGCUCAGGUGUCACAAAAGAGGAGUUUAUGAUGUAGAAAACAAAGAGAAAAUUAAGUUGGGCAUCACCGGAAACCACUGAUGGCAUCGGGGGGCCUGCAAGGAUUCAGCAGUGAAGCGAUUCUACCUCCACCAAGAAGCCAGUCAUAGCAACUUAAGACUCUGUUUAUUGGACCUAUUGAAAAACCAAUGGGAGUGGAAGGGGAGUAUCUGUUUUUGGGGGUUGUGUCAGGGAAUGACUUCACUGAAACACACAUCUCAAUGAGCCAACCUGAUCUGCUGGAAUGAAAGAAGGUGGCAGGCGUCUUCCUGCUUGAUGGUUUCCAAUAAGCAAUGGAAUUCCUUGAGGAGUCUCAGCUGAAGGGCUUCUGCUGAGGAUGGAAAGCUGGACCUUCGCUUUAGUGCUUUGCUAGGGACUGAAGAGUAACUAAAACCAAACCUGAAUUUGGAUCCUUCAAAUGCACGCUGAGGAACUAACUGUGAAAGACUUCAACUCCGCGGAGACUUACUUUGCGGCUUUAUUAGAUGGGGGCAGGGGAGGGAAACUAUUUAACAAGAUAUUUUUCAUGUUAAAUUAUAUAUUUAUUUUAGAUAUACUGUACAUAGUAUUUAUUUAGGGUCUGAUCCUGUAGUCUGGAAAUCAAUGGGAGCUUUACCAUGAGUUCAGACAGCAGGAUUGGCCCUCACUUUUUAAUGUGCAACAUAAUGGUCUAAUAAUUAACACUUUGUUACAAAUGCUUAGAUAUUAUUUAAUGAUGGCUGGAAAAGGAAUAUUUCAUGUGGCACUAUAAGGGGAAAAAUAUGGACAGCAUGAGCCAAAAACCAGAUUUCAAUACUUCUGCAUGUCCCCUUCUCCCUUCUUGCUGAGAAACAGCAGGCGAGGGGAAUCAUAUGUAUGGGGGCAAACUCAGACCUGCUGUAAGUGAGUGCAGCUCCACUGAAUCUGACCUAUACUGUCCAAACGUUUCUAUUAUUCGAAAUGGUGCUUACUCCAGCCUCUGCAAUUGAAAAAAGGGGUGGGUUGAUUCAAAAUCCAAAGCCUAGGCCAAACACCAAAGGUGCAGGAGACAAACAUAGGGGGGAACUAUCUCAAGAUAGGCUCUACGUGGUCUUUAGGACCCCAAGGAAGUCUUAUGGGCUCUCUUUCCUCAUGGAAAUUCCUGCGUUAGAACAAGUUUGAGUUCUUGUGUGUGUCAAAUUUCAGAGGCUGCAGUGAGCGACCUCAUGUUGUUACAUCCAGUGCUUCCAGAACAGGUUCAGAUGUUACAAUCAAAAUAAAAAUA